CACAGCAAACGCACUCGACCUCAUUGAUGAAGACGCAUUCCUGGGUUUACCACAUUUGGAAUAUCUAUUUAUUGAAAAUAACAAAAUUGCAUCGAUAUCUCCAUUUGCUUUCCGGGGCCUCAAAGUGCUGAUACAUCUGAGUCUGGCUUACAACAACCUUGAGACGCUGCCCAAGGAUGUCUUCAAGGGCAUGGACGCUUUGACCAAAGUUGAUCUGCGGGGCAACAACCUGAUAUGCGACUGCAAGCUCAAGUGGCUGGUGGAGUGGAUGCACCACACCAACGCCACCCUGGAUCAGAUCUACUGCAGCGGUCCGCCCAUUCACCAGGGGAAGAAGAUCAACGACCUGCUGCCACACUCCUUUGACUGCAUCACCACAGAGUUUGCCUCCUAUCAGUCGCUGAAGUUUGAGUCGAUCUCAGUGGAGGCCUUCACCUUUGGUAAAGAUCAGUAUGUUGUUUUUCCACAACCGUUCGCUGGGACAUGCAGCUUCCUGGAAUGGGAUCACGUUGAGAUGACCUUCAGACCCUAUGACACUAUUCAAAGCACAUCCACUGUGGUCUGCAAGCCCAUGGUGAUCGACAGCCACCUCUUUGUCAUCGUGGCUCAGCUGUUUGGGGGCUCACACAUUUACAAACGGGACAACUCCGCCAACAAGUUCAUCAAGAUCCAGGACAUCGACAUCCUGAAGAUCCGCAAACCCAACGACAUCGAGACGUUCAUGAUCGACGGGGAGUCUUUCUUUGUCAUCGCCGACAGCUCUAAGGCCGGCUCCACAACUGUGUACAAGUGGAACGGCAAUGGCUUCUACUCCCACCAGUCUCUCCAUCCGUGGUACCGCGACACAGAUGUGGAAUAUUUGGAGAUCUCCAACAAGCCCCACCUGAUCCUGUCCAGCAGCUCCCAGAGGCCUGUGGUGUACCAGUGGAACAGGAGCCAGAAGCAGUUUGAACGCAGGACAGACAUACCAGACAUGGAGGACGUCUUCUCAGUCAAACACUUUCGGGUCAAAGGUGAUCUGUUCGUAUGCUUAACGAGAUUCAUCGGGGACUCCAAGGUGAUGCGCUGGGACGGUGCCAUGUUCAAGGAGGUCCAGACAUUUCCCUCUCGUGGCUCCAUGGUGUUCCAGCCUGUCUCCAUCGGCAAGUGGCAGUACGCCAUCUUGGGCAGUGACUAUUCGCUGACGCAGGUCUACCAGUGGGAGGGCAAGAGGGGACAGUUCAUCCCGUCUCAGGAGCUGAACAUCCAGGCGCCUCGAGCGUUUUCCAUAGUCUCCAUCGACGACCGUGUUUUCCUUCUCGCGUCCAGCUUCAAGGGGAAAACUCAAAUAUACGAACACCUCAUGAUUGAUUUGAGUAAUUAAACCAGUCAACAAUUCAGGAUGAACCAUGUACACUAUCAUUCAAAUGCUUCUUCUGUGAUUUAGUUCAACUCCGAUUUGACUCCACGACAUGGUUCAGACAAAUGUAAAUUUUACGCAGAAGCUCAAACUAUCAAAGAAAUAUGUCAAGUAGGACGUCACUGUUCAAAAGGUCUGACACCAUUUUAAUGAAUAUAUAUUCUCAGCAGUAAACGUUUGGCAACCUGCUGCAACUAGCUCAUUUUGAUCAACUCCUCUUUAUGCCUUAUAUCCUCCUUUUGAAGAACUCAGUUACUCAAAACUCACAAACUAACAGUGCAAACAAACUAUCUUUCAACUUGUAGGCCUGUACCUUGAUGUACAGUCUAUGUUUUUUGCUAUUCAACUCUAUGUAUUGUGUUUAUUUCUCUUGUAGGAAUUUGAUAGGAAAGAUGUAGGAAUGUGUUAGUGCUGACGAUCAUGUGACAAUAACUAAACUGGGUAAAGUGUAGUGAGAAAAGGGGCGAAUGCAGUUGUAUCCAAGAAAAAAAA